GGCGCUAACUCUGCCUGGCCUCUCCGCCGGUCUCCGGCAGCCGCAGCAGCCACCAACGGGGGCGGCUGGACUCGGGGCCACCCCCGCCUCCGGCCCCACCCAGCCGCACCCGAGGCCGCCAGGCGUCACAGAGCGCAUGCGUGCCGCGGGGGAUGCCGGGAGCGCGCAGUGGCGGCAGCGGCGGCGACGGCAGUCACAGCGGCGGCAACAGCGGGGACGCCAGCGGGCCGGUGACCGUGUGGGAGGUGGUCUCACUCUUGGGGAAGCUGCUGGGCACCGUCGCCGCGCUGAAGGUGGUUCUGUACCUGCUCCGGGUGUGCUUAGCGAUGGCCUGGAAAUCCGGCGGCGCCAGCCACUCGGAGCUAAUCCACAAUCUCUGCAAAAAUGGAAUCAUCAAAACAGAUAAAGUAUUUGAAGUGAUGCUGGCCACUGACCGCGCCCACUAUGCAAAGUGUAACCCUUAUAUGGACUCCCCACAAUCAAUAGGUUUCCAAGCAACAAUCAGUGCUCCGCAUAUGCAUGCAUACGCACUAGAACUUCUAUACGAUCAAUUGCAUGAAGGAGCUAAAGCUCUUGAUGUGGGAUCUGGAAGUGGAAUCCUUACUGCAUGUUUUGCUCGGAUGGUUGGAGCUAGUGGGAAAGUCAUAGGAAUUGACCACAUUAAAGAGCUAGUAGAUGACUCAAUAAAUAAUGUCAGAAAGGACGAUCCAACACUUUUGUCUUCAGGGAGAGUGCAGCUGGUCGUGGGGGAUGGAAGAAUGGGACAUGCUGAAGAAGCCCCUUACGAUGCUAUUCAUGUCGGAGCUGCAGCCCCCGUUGUGCCCCAGGCACUAAUAGACCAGUUAAAGCCUGGUGGAAGAUUGAUAUUGCCAGUGGGUCCUGCAGGUGGAAAUCAGAUGCUGGAGCAGUACGACAAGUUACAGGAUGGCAGUGUCAAAAUGAAGCCUCUGAUGGGAGUGAUAUACGUGCCUUUAACAGAUAAAGAAAAGCAGUGGUCCAGUUGCUGGUACAGUGCUCCCCACCUGGCUGAGCGAAUGGUUUCUUUUGGAGCUGAUAAAGCUGCCUUAUGAAAUCAGCUGACAGGGAUGAACUGUAAAAGCAACAUCAGCUUGACCAGAAUAUAAUAAUUACAGUGGAUUGCUCAUCUCAGUCCUCAAACCUUUUUGAAAACCAACAGCAUCACAGCUUGUUUUGGACUUUGUUACACUAUUAUUUUCAGCAUGAAAAUGUGUGGUUUUAUAGGGUUUCUAAUUCUUCAAAAAGGCACUGAAGCCAAAUUGGUAGACGAAGAAUGCAAAGUAUGCAUCUGUGUAUUAUGACUUUAACUUGCCCACAUUUUACUUUAAAAUAUUAAAUGAAGGGGUUCUGCAAAAUGGAAAACUUAGUUUGUGACUUGAUUUGGAGGAGUGGUUAUUUUUUUCUUAGAUACUUAAUUCUGUUCCAAUAUUAAUUUAUCAGAUUGCUUUUGUGCAUCAGCUAAUACCACCAUUCACAAGUUAAGAUUCUUUGAUUUUUGGAUGUCUGUUAGAUGCUACUAAGAAAAUAGAGAUGAGCUUCCUUUUUAAAGCUUUUGAUGUGGUGUCAUAGAAUAGCAUGUUGUAGAUACAGUUGGCUGCUUUUUACCUUAAAACUAAGCAUUUGUAAAUAUUAAAACUUAAGAAGAUGGCAGGUGAUGUCCCUUAACACUCGGCUGUUCAGAUUGGACAUAACUGACAUAGUUCUUCCUUUCUCCCGUUAAAAAUGAUAGGAGACUUGUAGCUCAAUGGUGUUCCUUCUGUUUCUAAUUUGCUGCUGAGAAUGUAUAUGAAUUUCACGUGCUGUGUAAGCUGUGUCCUAGUCACUGAACAGUUUAUGCAGUGCUGCUUUGCCAAAUAAAGUUAAAAGCAAAAGAGGCA